AAUAAAAUAAAUAAUCGUUAACUGUUCUGAACCGUCUGAACUCACCGUGUUUCCGGGUUCAGUCUGUCUCCUCGUCACGUUAGACGCGGAAGUAAACAACAGAAGAAGAAGCUGCGGCAGAUCGUCUCUGCGACGAGAUGUCGACGUCCUCCCCGAGACAGACGUUCCUGAAGCCGGUGAUUCCCUUCGCCGGGACGGUCCUGGGAGGUUUGGUCCCGGGGGAGAUGCUCCUCAUCCAGGGCUCGGUGCCGUCGGACUCCGACCGGUUCCAGGUGGACCUGACGUGCGGCAGCAGCGUGACCCCGCGGGCCGACGUGGCGUUCCACUUCAACCCGAGGUUCAGGCGCUCGCCGUGCGUCGUGUGCAACACGCUGCAGAAGGAGUCCUGGGGCCAAGAGGAGAUCCUGCACCAGAACCCGUUCAGAACCGGGGACGCGUUCGAACUCCUGGUCCUCGUCCUGGAAGACAAGUUCAAGGUGGCGCUGAACGGAGCCCACAUGUUGGAGUACAGACACCGACUGGAUCUGCGGCGAGUCGACACUCUGUGUAUCUCAGGACGGGUCCAGGUGGAGGUCGUGGGCGUCGUCGCUCCAAGUCCCAGUUCUGCUGCAGCCGGGCCGACCCUGAAGGACUCGGACCAGAAGAAGAUUUUCUCCUCGACAGGCAACUUGAGCGUUCCCUUCAGGGGCGAGCUGGGGGACGGACUGAGCAUCGGACGGAGCGUCACCAUCCGAGGAGAGACCAAUCAGAACGCACAGAGUUUCUGUGUGAACCUUCGAGUGUCGAGCGGCGGCGACAUAGCUCUCCACCUCAACCCUCGUCUGAAGCGCCGUCGCUUCGUCAGGAACUCCUUCCUGUCCCAGUCCUGGGGAGCCGAGGAGACGCAGCUCGACUCGUUCCCCUUCGCCGCCGGACGCUACUUUGAGAUGAUAGUCCGGUGCGAGCAGCAGCAGUUCCGAGUGGCGGUGGACGGACGCCACCUGCUGGACUACAAACACCGAGUGCAGGACCUGAAGCAGGUCGACCGGGUCGAGGUGGAGGGAGACGUGAAGCUGGUCGACAUCAAUGUCCUCUGAACAGUUUAUACUGAACAUCACACACUGGACUUUAUAGAGCAUAAUACAGUUCCUGCUGCACAGCCGUUAUCAUAACCACAUCAUAAAGAGAUCAGAUCCCAUGAUCCUCUGAACCCUCGUCAGACUGAUUCAUCCACGUGGCCUUUAUGUAAUAUAAUAAAGUUCCUGCUCUGGUCAUAUUUUCACAUCAGUGUUUAAUAAUAAUAAAAUAAAGACAUGAACCACAA